AUGAUAUUCUUAGUUUUUCUCAACUUCUUACUUAUCUCGUUCAUUCUGGUGAAAUGCGGCAAAAAAAAAACUGCUGCUCCUAAGAAGGAAUCACAACCUACUGAAAACGUUACUACUGCAGUCCCUAUGAAUAGCCAAGAGGCGACCCCUGAGCAAAAAGUAGAAUCUAAACCAGAAAACGAAACGAAACAAUCCAAGGAAGAUGAUCUCAAAAUGACCCAAGAGGAAUCUGUUUCAAAAAAUGACUCUAAGCAAACAGCAAAUAGUAAGGAGAAAGAAUCUGUGGGAUCUAAGAAAGACUUGGAUAAGAAAAGUGAGAACAACAAGGAAUGA